AGCCAGGAAGAGAGGGAAGUGGUCCGAAAUCUGCCUUACGUGACGUCAUAACGUUUCCUCAAUGCCAGCAGUAGCGGCUGUGGCAGGCCAGUGACGGAGGCAGCCGCCGUCUCCUCUUCUCCCCAUCUUCGUUGUUAGCCGUAUUUCCAGGGUCACCCGAUUUCGCCGGCAGUGUCAGCAGCAAUGGCAACAUCGCUGUCCUCCUCAUCGUUCUGCCCGUAACGGGGCUUCCCAAAAUCUCUCCUGCCUCCCAUCUGAGCUGCUGGUGGUGGGAGAAGCAAGCAUACAAGGACUGCGAAGGGAGACACCCAGCGAAUCCCCCUAGCCCGUUUUCCCUACAGAAGAAGGAGAGGAAGAGGAAGAAGCAGAAAGGAGAAAAAGAGGCAGAAAAGGAGAGAAAGAAAAAAGAGAGAGGUCUAGAGUGGUCAGUGUGGACACUGCUGGAGAGGGAGCACCGGGUUCAGCACCGACCCGCGAGCCGCCAUGAACGACCCGAACGUGGUGGUGAAGGAGGGCUGGGUCCAGAAGAGAGGAGAAUACAUUAAGAACUGGCGACCGCGGUACUUCCUGCUCAAGACGGAUGGCUCCUUCAUCGGCUACAAGGAGAAGCCGCAGGACAUGGACCUGGCGUACCCGCUCAACAACUUCUCUGUGGCAAAGUGCCAGCUGAUGAAGACUGAGAGGCCGAAGCCUAACACCUUCAUCAUCCGCUGCUUGCAAUGGACCACAGUCAUCGAGAGGACCUUCCACGUCGACACACCGGACGAAAGGGACGAGUGGGCCGAGGCGAUCCAGAUGGUGGCGGACAAGCUGGCCAAGCAGGAAGAAGAGGGGAUCCUGUGCAGCCCGACCUCGCAGAUCGAGAACGUCAACGAGGAGGAGAUGGACACCUCCAGUAGUCAACACAAACGGAAGACAAUGAAUGACUUUGACUAUCUAAAGCUGCUGGGGAAAGGCACGUUUGGGAAGGUGAUUCUCGUGCGGGAGAAGGCCAGUGGAACCUAUUAUGCAAUGAAGAUUCUGAAAAAGGAAGUCAUAGUUGCAAAGGAUGAAGUGGCCCACACGCUUACAGAAAGCAGAGUACUGAAAAACACUAGGCAUCCAUUUUUAACUUCCCUCAAGUGGUCUUUCCAGACAAAGGAUCGUCUCUGUUUUGUGAUGGAAUAUGUUAACGGUGGUGAGCUGUUUUUUCAUUUGUCGAGAGAACGGGUGUUCUCCGAGGACCGCACGCGCUUCUACGGGGCAGAGAUCGUCUCUGCCCUGGACUACUUGCACUCUGCCAAGAUUGUUUACCGCGAUCUCAAGCUGGAAAACCUGAUGCUGGACAAAGACGGGCACAUCAAGAUCACUGACUUCGGCCUCUGCAAGGAGGGCAUCACCGACACGGCAACCAUGAAGACCUUCUGCGGCACCCCUGAGUACCUGGCCCCCGAGGUGCUGGAGGAUAAUGACUAUGGCCGCGCGGUGGACUGGUGGGGUCUGGGCGUGGUCAUGUACGAGAUGAUGUGUGGUCGGCUGCCCUUCUACAACCAGGACCACGAGAAGCUGUUCGAGCUCAUCCUCAUGGAGGAGAUCAAGUUUCCCAGAACCCUCUCCUCCGACGCCAAGUCGCUGCUGGGCGGACUGCUCAUCAAAGACCCCAACAAGAGACUUGGCGGAGGCCCUGAUGACGCCAAGGAGAUAAUGAGACAUAGCUUCUUCAAUACACUGGAUUGGCAAGACGUCUACGACAAAAAGAUGGCCCCGCCCUUCAUGCCCCAGGUGACGUCAGAGACUGACACUCGGUAUUUCGACGAGGAGUUCACAGCACAGACCAUUACCAUCACUCCGCCUGAGAAGUUUGAUGAAGAUGGAAUGGACGCGGCUGACAACGAACGAAGACCACACUUCCCACAAUUCUCAUACUCGGCCAGCGGACGCGAGUGAUUUGAGCCGGCCCCUUCUUACAGGAAAAUACGUAGCCAUGCUAGGAAAAGUCUCCCCUCUUUUCUCCUUCUCUGUGCUUGCUUAUUGACCAGGGAAAAAACUUUUAUUUUUUGUUUUAUUUUUGUUUUGUGUGUGUGUGUUUUAUAAUUUUUUGUGUUGGCUCAGUUAGUGGGACUUUAAAAAAGGGGGUUUUGCACAGUGGGAUCGACUGAGGAUAGUCCACCCACACAAAAAAAAAAAGAAAAGGAAAAAAAAAAAUUCUCGUGACAUUUUUCAACAUUUGUUUACAACAAGUUUUUUUUGUUGUUAUUUAAAAAAAAAUAUCUAUCAGUAUUGAUAUUGAGCUAUUUUUUUUUGUUUUGUUUUCUCUUUUCUCCCUUAUUUUAAAAAGAGCCGUAUUGGGGAACAAAACCAAAUAUGUUGCCUUACGUGUGCAGUCAGUCAGUCAGACAGACAGAUAGUCAGACAGACAGGACAGAUAGACAGACAGGAUUCAAGCGUCUGGGGGUAGUGUUGUCUAGCUGUAGUCUGCGAUGGCUCACUGGUGACUCCUUUUUUCAUCAACUUUUUUCCCUACUUCAUUUUUCAGCAGGGUGGGGCUUUACACCCUGGGAGCACACAUGCCCCAGUUGUCACGGCAACAAGGAACAUUCUCCAUAAAAUGGGAAAAAACAAA